CUCCAAGUUUGCACAUCCACCUUUACUGUUACACUCAGCCAUGGCCUCGUCUGCUGCGACGGGUUCUAAGAAAGAAUUGAAUGAAAGCAGAGCAGAAGCUCUACAGGCGCUGCUCAAUUCAAUCUCGCCUGAGGAUGCGAGCAGUCAAGGCCAGAAGCUGUCUUCCGACCAAGUGAAGAUGAUCUCCGAAAAACUCGGGGAGCUUCUAGGAGACGGUGACCUCGGGGAAGUCGUUGGCACUCAGAAGCGGAACGAGAAGGGUGAGUUACUGAAUGAGGAGGGGCUUCCUAUCGUCGAUAUUGUGGAGCCCGUAAAGGAGGACACUGCUCCAUUCCCUCCUCCAGCUUCCGUAGCCUCGCCACCAAUCUUUGACGACCCAGACCUACUACCACAUUGGGCACUAUCACCCGCAGAGAAAGCACGCAGAAAAGCGGAGCGCGAGCGCAUUCUCGACUUACUGGAGGAUGAGGAGCAUAUUGAGCAAGAGAGAGAAGAGACUGCUGAACGAGAACGAUGGCGGGCCGAGCUGGAGAACCGGAAGGCGGCGGCCAAGACCGAACUGGAGAGCCUGCGAAAGGCAAGGGAGUUGCAGAAGAAGAUGGGCAAGGCCUUGUUGCGCAACGUCAUCGAGACGCAGGAGAAUGCAGAGAAGGGGGCCGAACUGGAGGCGAAGGAGCGGAAGGUAGGGAAGUCGAAGAAGGCAGUGUCGUUCGCGGAUGCACCUGGAGAGCGUACUUCCAACGAGGCGACAUCUGAAGACGAGUCGAAGCAGUGGGGCGACAUCGCAUUGGACAGACUACGCAAAGGCAAGACGUCUCUCUUGACUCGGGCGCAGAUGAACAACCAACCCAUGAAGAUGGACGUCGUUGAACGCCAUCCGGGAGGAGCGCAAGCAGAGCCCCCUGCUCAGCGCGAACCGGACUCUGACGAUGAGUCCGUUCCGGGCUCACCUGUCCCCGCUGAUUCGGAUGAAGGCGAUGUGAUACGCUCUGACGUCGAUUCGGACGAGCAGACAGGGCACGAGCCCUUGUCGGAUUCCGAUGCUACCGAUGUCGAGCAGAUGAGCGAUGACGGGGAACCAGUAAUAUGGCAGGAUGAAGACUUCGACUACGCUCAACAUCAGCGGGAGGUUGUGUUAGCUUAUUACGAAAAACGUGCGACAAUUGGUAUGCAAGCGUACAGUGCCAUGCGGGCACACUCUCAUGAUGAGGAUGCGAACGAGUGGGACCAACCGGAAGUGCCUCUCGACGCGACUCUUGCAUCUCCCCCGCCCAAGCCCUCCGCAUCACGCUUCAAGUCCGAGCAUCCGUCUUCGAGCACCCUCGCUUCACACUCCCUUGGUGCAUCGGUACUCCCAUCUUCUCAGACCUCUAGCCUGAAGAAGGCCGUGCGGAUGGGCAAGCUUGAGAGCGGUCAGCUCGUCGGCGACGACAGCGACGAUGACGUGACGCAGGAAGCUAGGGAGAUUGUCGAGCUGCUUACACGGGGAGACGUUGCGAAUAUCGGUCCACAGCCUUCUGCCGCCGCAAGUACAAGUGCAAGCACCGCGCCUUUACCUGGACCGCCCAGCUCUGCGUCCACAGAAGACUCGACCGUUCCGUCGAAACCGAAGUCGAAGGUGUCCAAGUUCAAGCUAAGCCUCGCACAGCCGCAGGGACGCGAAUCGUCUUCUACGGGUUCGCCGAGCCUCCAGACACCGCAGAUGACGUCCGAUCGUUCGUCCCCGAAACUGACCUCCCCUGAGCCGGGCACGCCCAUCUCUGUUCCAACGCCUUCUUCGCGCCCUACAGACGGACGACAUAACGACAAUGGCGCCGUCAUACCUGAACCCAUCCGACGGAAGGGAGUGCAUGACCAGAUGCCCAUUAUGAUUGUCGAUUCGCCUUCCUUUCGGCCUCCAGGAUCGGCUCCGACGACGCCUAGUAUGAUUGUGGACUCGCCCUCGUUCAGCCCGCCCUCCGGGUCUGUUCCGCGGACGACCGCUACAUCGUCCAUGCCGCCUAUGGUUGUCGACUCGCCAUCAUUCAUUCCUCCCGGGUUGGCAAGUACGUCUGUACAACCGCCGCCAUUCCAAUCUUUCGUGCUGGAUUCGCCUUCGUUUCAAAACCCUACCUCUGCACAACCACCACAGGCGUCAGUGCCACGGUCUAUGUCUGCAUCAACAAACCCCGUGGCAGCCGGUGGCAGGCGUACGGGUGUAGUCAUGGCGGCCGAGGUGAAGGAGUCCGCUCCUCAGCGUCGAGGCGAUGCGGGCGAGGGUGGUAAUAAGGAGAGGAAGGUCUCUAAGUUCAGAGCGGAGCGAAUGUAAUGGUGAGAACGCCUGGCCGUGGUCGUAACAUGUAGUCUACUAAUAUUCUGAACAACGGGGCCGAAGUUACUUGUGGCUCCUGCACGACAUCCAUGACAGACCUGCGCCUCAGUCAUCCUAGCGACCAGUAUAAAUUGCACCCUUCACACAAAUCGACGGGCGACGACGCUACAACU